GCUGUACGCGGUGACGUCAGCGCGUCACGGUCGCCUCAGCCGCCAACGUCGCGACCCCGUUUCUUCUCCGUAGUAACCGGGUAGUGGGCCCGCCAAAAAACACCUCUAAAGCCAAGUGCCUGAAAAAGUGGUGGGCGACCCGGUCGCUGUCUCCUGCCUCAUCCAUUGGCCACUAUCAAGAGUUAGUAGGUACCCCGUAUAUUGGCUUCUGUGGCUGAAGCAGGACCUAAAUGCAGAGUUCCAAGAUACCCGCCAUUGACACCAUGAAUUGGAACAAAGGUGGCCCCGGCACCAAGAGGGGCUUUGGUUUUGGUGGCUUUUCGAUAUCAACCGGAAAGAAGGAAGAGCCCAAACUCCCUCAGCAGUCCCAUAGUGCUUUUGGAGCCCCUGGUUCUUCAGCUGGGUUUGGGAAGACACCACCACCUCAGCUGCCUUCUUUUUACAAGAUUGGAUCAAAGCGAGCAAACUUUGAUGAGGAGAAUGCCUACUUUGAGGAUGAGGAGGAAGAUUCCAAUAACGUUGACUUGCCGUACAUUCCUGCAGAGAACUCUCCUACUCGGCAGCAAUUCCAUUCCAAGCCACCUGACUCAGACAGUGAGGAUGACCCUUUGGAGGCAUUCAUGGCGGAAGUGGAGGAUCAAGCUGCUAGAGACAUGAAGAGACUAGAAGAUAAAGAUAAAGAAAGAAAGAAUACAAAGGGUAUACGCGAUGAUAUUGAAGAAGAAGAUGAUCAAGAAGCUUACUUCCGCUACAUGGCAGAAAACCCCAAUGCUGGAGUGGUUCCAGAAGAGGAGGAGGAUAACCUGGAGUAUGACAGUGAUGGCAAUCCAAUAGCGCCAUCCAAAAGAAUAAUUGACCCUCUUCCUCCUAUUGAUCAUUCAGAGAUUGAAUAUCCACCAUUUGAGAAAAACUUCUAUGAAGAGCAUGAAGAAAUCACCAGCCUCACUCCACAACAAGUGGUGGAGCUACGCCAUAAGCUAAAUCUCCGGGUCUCUGGUGCUGCUCCUCCAAGGCCAGGAAGUAGUUUUGCUCAUUUUGGCUUUGAUGAGCAGCUUAUGCACCAGAUUAGGAAAUCGGAAUAUACUCAACCCACCCCUAUACAAUGCCAGGGUGUCCCGGUGGCGCUGAGUGGCAGGGAUAUGAUUGGUAUUGCAAAGACUGGCAGUGGGAAAACUGCAGCUUUCAUUUGGCCCAUCAUGGUUCAUAUCAUGGAUCAGAAGGAGCUGGAGCCAGGAGAUGGUCCCAUCGCAGUGAUUGUGUGUCCAACUAGAGAGCUGUGCCAGCAGAUCCAUGCUGAAUGCAAGCGCUUUGGGAAGGCCUACAACUUGCGCUCUGUAGCAGUGUAUGGUGGAGGAAGCAUGUGGGAGCAAGCCAAGGCUCUGCAGGAAGGGGCAGAGAUCGUCGUCUGCACCCCAGGCCGCUUGAUUGAUCAUGUGAAGAAGAAAGCCACCAACCUUCAGAGAGUCACUUACCUUGUGUUUGAUGAAGCUGACAGGAUGUUUGACAUGGGUUUUGAAUACCAAGUCCGAUCGAUUGCCAGCCAUGUGCGCCCAGAGAGGCAGACUCUACUGUUCAGUGCGACUUUUCGGAAGAAGAUUGAGAAACUGGCCAGAGACAUUCUGAUUGACCCAAUUCGAGUGGUGCAAGGAGACAUUGGAGAGGCAAAUGAAGAUAUCACUCAAAUUGUGGAGAUCUUCUCCUCUGGCCCCAACAAGUGGAACUGGGUGACUGGCCGCCUAGUGGAAUUCACCUCUUCAGGGAGUGUCCUCCUCUUCGUCACUAAGAAGGCAAAUGCAGAGGAACUGGCCAAUAACCUUAAGCAGGAAGGGCACAGUCUGGGGCUGCUGCAUGGUGACAUGGACCAGAGUGAAAGGAACAAGGUCAUCUCGGAUUUCAAGAAGGGGACCUUCCCAGUCCUAGUUGCUACUGAUGUGGCAGCUCGUGGUCUGGAUAUCCCUUCCAUUAAGACUGUGAUCAAUUAUGACGUGGCUCGCGAUAUUGACACCCAUACCCACCGAAUUGGUCGUACUGGAAGAGCAGGGGAGAAGGGCGUGGCCUACACUUUGCUGACUCACAAGGACAGUAACUUUGCUGGAGAUCUUGUUCGGAAUUUGGAAGGCGCCAAUCAGCACGUCACAAAAGAACUCAUGGACUUGGCCAUGCAGAAUGCUUGGUUCCGGAAAUCACGUUUCAAGGGAGGAAAGGGCAAGAAACUAAACAUUGGCGGUGGCGGCUUGGGGUACCGUGAGCGCCCCGGUCUAGGAUCAGAGAGUGCGGACCGUGGGAGUAACAGUAUAAUGAUCAACUAUGAGGCAUAUAAACCAUCUUCGGGAGCAAUGGGGGACAGGUUGUCUGCAAUGAAGGCAGCAUUCCAGUCCCAAUAUAAGAGCCAUUUCGUUGCUGCCAGCUUUAGCAACCAGAAGACAGGCAGCUCUUCAGCAGGUGCCAGUGGUUGGACCAGUGCUGGCAGUUUAAACUCCGUGCCAACAGGUUCAGCACAACAGAACUCGGCAAAGCCCGACAGUCCCACGGGUGCAGCAGGUAUAUCGAAAGGUAUCCCAGGCUUCACGAGCGCUGGGAAUUUAAACAGCGUCCCCAGCUUCCCAAGCACUGGAAUUCAGGGAUUCAACAGUGCGAAUGCCAGCAAUAGCAGCAGAGAAGGCACCAGAGAAGGUAGUAGAGAAAGGUACAGCGACAACCGGGGCAGCGGUCGCCACAGUGAUGGCCAGCGCCAUGGAGACGGCAGCGGUCGCCACAGCGACAGUCAGCGACAUGGGGAAGGCUACCGCCAUGGGGAAAACCGCCAUGGGGACAGCCAUCGUCACAAUGAAAGCCGACAUUCUGGUGGUGGUGGUGGGAGCAGCAGCAGUAGUAGCCGCCAUGGUGACAGCCGAAACAAUGGGGACAGCCGAAACAGCAGCGAAAGCAGAAAUAGUGAAAAUAGGAAUGAGAGCAAGAAAGAUGGUAACGGCAAGACAGAUGGUUUUGCUGUUCCCGAACCCCCAAAACGCAAGAAGAGCCGAUGGGACAGCUAAGAGCCUAGGCUCCCUACAAAGUGGCACGGUGCCUCUCCCUCCCUCCCUCUCUUUCUCUCUCUCUCUCUUUCUCCAAGGAGGGUCUCUCUGCCAAUACGUGGCUACUGAGAAGGCUAACAGUGGACAGCAAUGAUUCCCAACCAAAUCUUGGCUGGAGCAUCUGCAGACAGCUUCACUUUACUGGCACGUCAGUGUUGUGCUUUGGUCCAAAGGAAAGCGUUCCCUUUUAUGGAAUUUCUCUAUGCUCUGCCUUCUGAAAAUCCGUCCACCCUGAGAGACUUCAAAAGACUGAUCCUCCUUAGCAAAAACAAAACAUUUUUGUGUGUUUCUUUUUUUAACUGAAUGUGUCCAGAAAGGGGCUUGAACUGGGUAGGUUUUGUUUUAUUCCAAUCGAUGUGGAUUUGAAGUAAACUAGCCCUUGUUUUCCAGUAGGAGACCUGGCUGCCCCAUGAGACCUCUCAAGACUCCUUUUCAUCCCCCAUCACCAAUAUUUUUCUACACCAUCUUCAUCCAGACCUGGUUUCCAUGUUCCUGUUUAUUGUGACAUGCACAGUGUCAUAAGAGAACAUGUUAAGUCAGGACUGGGGUGUUCAUGACCAUUGCAAGCAAGAGAUGUGGAAGGAGUCAUGGUUCCUGGGGCAGAAGGGCGGGUGGGCAACUCACGAUUGAACUAGCCCAUCUAAUGUAGAAUCUCGGGCCUUGCAUGGAAAAUGUUUCCUUAUGGCUUACGUCAGUUCUUUUCUUAAUCCCUUUACCCUUCUCGUCUACUGCGUCAGCACUGAGUAGCUCUUAUGUUUGGAUUUGUGAGCAGGUGCUCAGUCUUGAUUCCUGCUUUUUUUAUCAGUUGCCCACAGUAAAGGCAGAGAAGAGAGGCAAAAGGUCAGCUCACUCCCUUCUACUCACUUGAUAGUGUCAGCAUGCUAGUAGCUAACAGAGAGAGAUUGAGAUUCUUAUUCCUAGGAGUGCGAAGGAGAUGGCAGCAAACAUGCAAGCAGUGCAGCCUGCAGAUUUGUCACUUUUCUCUCCCUAUGUAACCCAGCUAUGAUGAGUUUGGCUGGAGCGCAAAGGCUCCUUUUACUCAGUAUAAUGACAUAUGUGAAUAGUGUGGGGCACACAUUUGCAGGGGCAGGAUGGGUAACCUUCCUCACUCCAGUUUAUGUUUUUACACAAUAUGCCGUCUCCUGUGUUCUGAAUACCUCCUUGCGGGAGCAAAGACUUCAGAAAACAGUGGGAAAACUUCUCAGCGGAGACCAGCAGAAUCUCAGUUUGCUUUGAGCAAAGCUGCUCUGUCUCCAGGGAUGGCCCGGUUUCUGCUCAAGUUGGUCCUGGAUGUGUCUAUGGGCAAAAAGAGCUGCAUCAAGCCCGAAGAAGAUAGGAAAGACAGGCCAUGCAAUGCCAGGGGGAUAGCGCUCCCGCAGGAUUCCCUAGGAAGCAAGUAAGAUGAAAAUCUCAACAACGUCCGUUUAGGUGGGGUCUUGUGUAGAUUGCUUUGUGAAUGUUCCAGAAGUUAUUCUCUCCCCGUCCCACUUUCAAAAAAUAAAAUAAAAGGGUAAAACAGGUUCGGGGAGGGAGACUUUUCAUAUAUAGUAUCAAGUUAUUGUGAUUUUGGGCUGACCCAGAAAGCUUUCAGACUUUUAGGAAGUUUGAGAAUGGGCUGCUGAAGAUGCGCGUGUGUGUGCACAGAGAUGCUAAAAGUGGGACCUGUGUGAAACAGUGUGCUGCUCUUUCCAAAAUGCCUGUUGCAUACACUUCUGGAAAGAAGAAGCAAAUGUAAAAAUAUUUUGCUUGGUGUGGUGUUUUUUUUAACUGUAUAUUCUUGGGCUUUUUAAUCUGAUUUUUUCUCUUUUUUGCCAGAGUGGUAGAAAAAUCUUGUUUGCUGAAAAUAGUUCUGUUCCUGCUUCUCAUUUUUAUGAAGAAAUAUCUGAAGCUGUGUCAGGAUUCUGUGACAUGCCAUGCUCUUUACUUUCCACUUUCUCUUCUAGUAAAUGUUUUCUUACUAGAACAAUUGCCUGGGAUGUGCCUGUUUAUUUUGGCUCCCCCCCCCUUUUACUCGUAAUUGGUUUUGCAGAUAAAAAAGAUCUGACUGUUCUAAUUGAGGUCAGGACAGAAUUCCCCCCCCCCCCCCAGAUCAAACUGGUCAUCAAGGACCUUCAGAGUUUUUUGUCGCCUUCUGCAAUUUACUCCUUGCCACAUUUGUUCAGGUUACUUACUCUGCAGAGUUAUGUGCAUCCUUUCCUAAACAGCUGCUUAUUCCCUGCAAAUCACUCCUUCCUAGCACCAUUUUGUGUCAGCAAAGCAGCAGCUAUGUGUUGGCUGGCAGUGUAUAAUUGCAGUUUUAAAGAGAAAGGGAUUCCAUAUUCUCUAAGACAUUGAACCAAAGUCUGCCUUAUUUGUAGUUCUAAAUGGGUCACUUCUUGUACCAUUAUCAGUGAAUAGACAGAGGAAACAAUUUUCUCCAAGAAUGGUUACUUUGGGUUUGAGAUAGCAAAGCAUUUCUUUCCUUUUGGAAAGGAUGGUUUGCAGAGGGGUGGCAGCAGGUUGGUUUGAGGUUUUUGAGUUCAGUUUUUUGUUUUGAAACCUAGAUACUAAGAAAUUCCUCUUUGGAUACCACAGUUAAGAGAAAUGUACAAACGUAUCUUGGUUUCGCAGUGCUUUUGGAAAGAUGGCAAUGUGUCCUAGCUAAAAGAGAGGUGUCCCUCUCCCCAUGUAUAGCCAUGUUUUCUUUCUUACUGCGAGAACUGCAGGUAUCUUUCCCCAUGCUUUUUAAUAGCUUAAAACAGGGGUGGGCAACUUGUGGCCCUCCAUAUAUUUUUGCCUACAACUCCCAUGAUCCCAUACCAAUGGAUAUGCUGGCUAUGUCUGAUGAAAGGGUCACAAGUUGCCCAUCCCUGGUUUAAAUCAAAAUAUAAUUUACACUUGAAUACAUUCUGUAAAACUAUAGAAUUGGGGAUGUCAACUAUUUUUUAUUUUUUAAUUAUUAAAUAACUGCAUGUUACCAGUCUCAAUAUUAGUGGCUUUUUGAGAAAUUGAAAGAGAAUUGAGUAGCCUGAACAAUUAAUAAACACAAGCUACCACUCAUUGUUAGAACAAAACAAUCUUUUAUAUUUUAUUUCUUCCACAAGUAAUACAUCAGAAUCACAAUAGCCUUUAAAAAUAAACAAGUUUGCCCUUAA